AUGCGGCCUUUUCUAUACAAUUAUCUUUCAGCUCGGUUUUCAACUGUUAUCGCAACAGAUCCUAUAAAGAAAAAGCUUAAAGAAAAAGUAAUUCUUCGUCCUUUACCUGUAAUCAAAAGCAAGGUGCCUCAAUUUAUCAUAUAUGGAAUUAUAGGUGUAUCCUUGUGGACAAUUUCCAUUACUUUAUCAUUUAAUUAUCAACGUCUAAAUAGUAGCACUGUUCAGGGGAGUCUUUUUAAUGUUAAACAUGACUCCAACUCAGUGGAAUUAUUGGGGAAUAAUAUAAAUUUUUCUUCGAAAUAUCCAUGGGUUUCAGGUUCAAUUAAUAAUUUGAAAGGAAUUGCUGAUAUAAAAUAUUCUAUAAAGGGGGACAAAGGUGAUUGA